AUGUUACAUUAUAAGGACCCAGCAACAGAUAAAUACAAGAAAACAGGUAGAUCUCAUUCCGGUGGCGGAGGAGGUGGUGGAUAUGGUGGAGGUGGAGGUGGAGGUGGUGGAAACCAUAGAGCUGGAGGAUUUGGCAGAGUAGCUACAAUGCAAAAUGUUUCAAAUUGUGAUCUUCCACAAGGAGGAAGAACUGGUAUGGAUGGACGGACGAUAAAUCGAUUGAAAUCAUUCACACUCUACUACCAGCAAUUCUACAAGUAG